AUGACGGCACUCUCGAUGGCUGGCGAGGUGGACGGGCAGGCUCCGGUGGAGGGCACCACUCCCGUGAACCGGCGCCUAUACAACCCCGAGGCCUCCAUAGUCCUGGUGGGAAGCCGCGGCGCCGGCAAGAGGUCGCUUGGCUUCAUCGCCGCCCUGCACCUCCGGCGCCGCCUGGUGGUAGAGGACCACUGCUUCGAGCAGCUCACGGGCGUCUCCCGCGCCACCUUCCUCCGGCAGCACGACAGGGAUGCCUUCGCCCGCAAGAAUGCCGGCGUCUUCAAGCAAAUGCUCGACACCAACCGCAAGGGCUGUGUCAUCGUGUGUGGCAUGACCAGCCUGUCCGACGAGGCCCAGAGCCUUCUGGACCAGUACACAGCGACAAACCCGGUCGUCUACGUCCAUCGCGAAAGGGAGCGGGUGGUCGAGUUCCUCGACAGUGCUGAUGCCCAUCUCCUACUCGAGGCUGACCAGAGCCACCGGCGAUGCUCCAACUUCGAAUACUACAACCUGUACGACACCUUCUGCAGCAGAUCCGACUCACCUGGGGAGACGACGCCCCGCUGGGAUGCACUUUCUGCGAGCUCUUCGACUCUCCUCAGCGCAAAGGAGGAUUUCACAACAUUCCUGGAUCUGCUCCACGGUCAGGGGUGGCGACGCAAGUGGCUUGAGAGCCCCUUUGCCCUCAAUGCCCUGCCCCCGGAGUUCAGACAGUACUCAUACGCCCUGCGCCUCCGACUUUCGUGGUUACUCCAUAUGAAGCUCGCCUGGGACGACAUGGAAGCGGCCGGGGACUGUGUCGAGUUCAUAGUAGACUGCUGGCCUGAGGAUAUGGCCAACGUUAUCGCCAAGCAGGUGGCUCUUAUCCGCAGGAGGCUUUCCUGCCCAAUCAUUUACCAUGUUGAGGAGAAGCCCAGGGGUCAGCGGCGGAGGCCCCCAGAGGAGAGAGAUAUGGUCGACACCGACCUCCUUGAGCUUGGCCUGCGCCUGAACGUCGACUAUAUCAGCCUAGACCUCCAAAGAAGCCCAGCCUUGAUCAAUCGCGUGCUCGAGCACAGGGGUCGGACCAGGGUUAUUGGAAACUUCUGGUACAACGGCCUGGGCGCACUCGCUUGGGGAGACCCGGCCCAGCUCGAUAACUAUUUGCGCGCCCAGGGGCUGGGAUGUGACAUUGUCAGAAUGGUGCGCUUCUGCUCCGGCGACAGCACAGUCGAGAAGCUUGCCAGCUUCCGGGAGCUGGUGCGACUCACGGUACCGGACCCGAAGCCGCCGCUGGUCGCCUACGACUAUUCCGUUCUUGGGACGCGCACGCCCUACCAGUCCCGCAUCCUUAACCCCGUGAAGCCGCCGGGCAUGGAUAACAGCGAUCAUCUGGCCACCCUGUGCACCUACCGCAGCACCUUUGGGCAGCUCUUCACCCAGUUCCUACUGGACCCGCUGCAGUUUUAUGUACUUGGCCGGAAUGUGUCCUACUCCAUCUCGCCGGCCAUGCACCAAGCAGCGUACGAAUUCACUCGGAUGCCGCAUACUUUCCAGCCCUUCUCGUGCUCAACACUGGAGGAGCUGCACCUGAUCAGCCGUGCCCCAGCGUUUGGCGGCGCGUCGCUGGCGGCGCCGUUCAAGGUGGCCAUCAUGCCGCAGCUAAAAUCUAAGAGCCAUCAUGCGAGCAUAAUCGGAGCCGUCAACGUGUUGCUGCCCCUGCGUGGCCAAGCCGACAGCAUCAUCAGCCACCCGACAUCGCGGAACAAGGCCGGUCCCGCCACCGACUUCUAUGGCGAUAACACCGACUGGAGCUCGAUCCUGACCUCGCUGGUGAUUGGUGCCGGCGGCAUGGCGAGGGCGGCCAUCUAUGCCUUGAUCCAGCUAGGCUGUCGCAAUAUCUUUGUCUAUAACAGAACCCGUGAGAACGCCAUCCAGAUCGCAGACCAUUUCAACCAUGCCGUCCAGACCAAGAAGAUGUGGUCCAAUAUAGCCGUGCAAACCCAAGUCUGCCAUGUACUCUCGUCCAUCUCGCAGGAUUGGCCCCAGUCCUACCAGCCCCCUACGAUAAUUAUCUCAUGCGUACCGGCAACAAGUGUAGACGGCGGGCCUCCGCCCGAUUUCGAAGUUCCCCGGCAGUGGCUGGGCAGCCCCACUGGUGGCGUCGUCGUCGAGCUAGCGUACGAACCACUCAUCACUCCCCUUGUGGCCCAGAUGCAGGUGUUCAGGCAUACCGUCUCCCCGUCGUGGGUGGUUGUCGACGGCCUCGAAGUGGUCAGCGAAAUGGCGAUCGAGGCAUUUGAGCUCAUGACGGGCCGCAUGGCUCCCAAGAAGCUAAUGAGGAGCGUGUCACGGGACGUAAACCAAGUCAAUCACAAUCUCCUUCAAGCCCUGCGCCGGGUACAGAGCACCUACGUUCUGUCAGGGGAGCCCCUACGCCCCGGUCCCUCUCGCUCCCGGAGCGUAACUAGAAUGCUUGGCGCAUGGCCUGAGAAGACAGCCCACGGCGACCGGAGAGGCGUCCAGGAGCUCGCGGACAACCAUAAGCUUCAGCAAUACUGCUUCUCGGACUUUCCAGACUCUCUGAGGAGAAGCACCAGCACCAACUGGAGUAGCAGCAAUGACAGCAGUGGCAAAGUUGCUGAUACUUGCGGUACCGAUAGCUCUCAGGUUGACAGGGGCCGCAGCCGCGGCGACGACAGCGGCGACGAUGCAAGUGAUGAGGCCUCCUCGUGCUCUAAUGACCACAUGUCUAUUGCAGAGCUUGAAUUCGCCCCCGAAAACCUCGACGACGAGGUGAUGGAAGACGCGGAGGGCCCGGGCCCUGCAACAGAGCCCAAGUCGACCUCGGCGACGCCCCCGAGCGCCCCGAAGAAGCCAAAGUAUGCGCCGCGCUUUCUUCCCUACACGAAAACCUCGCCGAGGGGCUACAAGGUGCUCCAGAGGCCCGGCGAGGGUAGGGACCUCUGGUCCCCGGGAGACGGAUUCACGAGGAAGGAGGCCCGACCGCUGGGCGUCUGCAUCGGCUCCAAGCGCAAGCUCUCGGACCUGGCCGCCGCCGUCGGCUUCCUGGACCUGACUCCCCAGUCGGACGCCCACGAUCUGGGCUGGCAAGCCCCCUACGAGGCCGCGACCCCAAGGAAGCGGAGGCUCGCACCCGGCUUCGCCGCAGAGCGUGACGCGGAUCUGGACGAGUCCCUGCGGCGAGGUCGGUCCCGCCGCCGUCUGGCGCCUAAACCCCGCUCUCCGGGUCGUGCCUCGUCGCCACGGGCUCACAAUAAAUCUGCCCAGCCAGAAAACGCACUCGAUACUGGAGUCAACACUGCCGGCCCUAGCCCUCCCGCUACGCUCUACUGCUCGCACCCUCUUUCUCUUCGGCCGGGCUUGCCGCGGCCUUCUCAGGAUGCGGGUUCAACCACUCUUUGAGAAGGGUUUGCGCUGGCAUCGCAGGAACCUUGGACGCCGGGGCUUUUCUUCUUUGCUGGCGAAAGCUCAACAGCGCACAGAAACGGUUGCCCAUUUUAUCCACCUCACUCAUCGGAGCAUGACAGUUGACUAGGACAAGGAUUACGGCCACUCAUCACACACCUGUCGUGAUUCACAUCCAUCCCCUCUGCGAUAUGUUGUUGCUCCCUUCGCCCUCUCCUAAGACGGGUGCGUAUAGACUCUUUUUGGCAAGAAUCAUAUUGGCGUUAAGGAC